AUGGGCGGUGGUGGUGAUAGGAGAGGAGUUCAGUAUGUUUCAAGUCCUGGCCGCGAGAGGACUCUUCCCCGAGGAGAAGAUUACUGGCUCCGCAGCCACCCGAAAACGAGCAAGGAGGACGCGCCCAAGGUCUCCCUGGCUCAGUGUCUGAGCGCUCAAGAGGCCAAGGAGGCCAAGGACUCGUUGAUACAGAGAGAGUUGGAUGCUAGGGCGGUGCCGUAUUCGCCACCCAUCGACGACUCCUUGAUCAGUAGCUGGGACUUUGACGAGUCGGGGCGUGUGGAGAAGGCAAGGGAUCACUUCAUCGUGGUUGUUGGGUGUGACAGCGCUGCCCGGAGAGUCUUCGUUGAGUUCGUGCCGUUCACAGCCGUCGACUCGAGCGUCUACGGGUGGAGCUACAGGUGGGCCACCCCCAUCAACUGCUCCGACCUUGUCACUAUCGAGGUGGUCGACUGCGACAGCGGGGUGUUGCUGUACAGGACGAGAGUCUUCAAGAUGGAGCUGAACAUGCUGGGCUCUGACGUGAAGAAGUACGGGAAGAUGUGGAUCGACAAGGUGUGCGUACCGCAGAAAUCCAAGUACACAGGGUUCCAAGUCAGCGCCAUGGGCGCUCUCUACGAGAAGGCGACCACGGUGCUGCGGGAGGUAAGGAAUCCCAACGGGCUGCCUUACUUCGACUAUCUAUCCCGAGCAUGGACGUACCAGGAGGCAAGGUAUGGCAGGACAAUUUGCGAUCACGAGCCUCCGCUGUACUUGGCAAAGGAAUGGGCGGAGAUGCUGUGGGGGCGCCAAUUCGUCGUGAGCAUAUCCGGUCUGCUGUAUCAGAUCCCGAACCUCAUGGCGAGGACGAUGGACGAGAAAGUCGGCCCGAACAACAUCACGUACACGGCGAUGCGGAACUGCAUCGGGUCAGGCUGGUUCUUCAGGUUCUUCGUAAAGAACUUCCAUCGGCACGAGGGGUUCACCCCAGAGAUGGCCAGCAACAAGAACUUCAAGUACCUCGAGGAGAUGGCAAACUCCAUGGGAGACGAACUUGACGAGAAGCUCUCGACGGCAUUUCAGAACCUGUCAUACGAGGCUGUGGACAACAAGGGGCAGCCCUCGCCCUCGCUCAUUGGCCCCUUCGACUGCAGAACGCAUCCUGAGCUGACCGGAGUGCUGUGGCAGGCGCUCGUGAAGCUCAGGAGCAGGUACGUCUUGGACGUCGACGAGUCCUGCCUGCCGGAGGUUUUGGCUGAGAUGUCUCUGCGGAGGGCAACGUAUGAGUCGGAUCGGUUCAUCGGCACGUUCGCUGUGCUCUUGAAGAAGAUGGAGCUAGAUCUUGCCCGACAGGAGAACGGUUUUCCUGACCUACAAGAGACCUGGCGUCGUCUGACCAGCAGCUAUCAGCAAGGGUUGAUGCAGCAGCCGAACCUUGCUUUCAUGCUCUAUGGUCCGGCAGACGUGGCCGGCAUGUCGCCCGUGCAUCUUCGACUGCCUUCAGGGAUCCUGGGGACAGGACAGAGCUACAAGGUGACGCCGUUGGAGUGCGAGCGAGUGGUCACGGGCAUCGGUCUCGGGGACACUGACGAGCAAACGACUCGCCCGGACUUGAGGAACGCGUGGGCUGUGCAUGUGUCCGAUCAAGGCGCCGUCUCCCUCCUGAUCAGAGCCGAUGUCACCUCAGUGGAUAGUCCAUACCGCAGGAUAGCAGUGGUGGGCAAGGACCUGGCCGCUUCUCACCGCUCCCUUGCCACGAGCUUCUGUGGCCUCCUCCACCUUGGGGGCCAGCAGCUGCUGCAGAUGGAGCAGAUUGCCAAGGACCUGAAGCAGGAGAACCGCCGGGUGGCCGACGGCAUAGGAGCGAUUGCAGGAAUCUUCCGAGACUACGUCCUUGCGUUGGGGAGCGGGCAGGCAGCAGGGAGGGAUGGGGUGUACAUGAAGCAGUUCAAGAGCAUCCACUCGAUCCCUCCGGAUGCCUCGGAGCAGGAGAUGACGGCUCUCCGCGAGCUUGUUUACAUGCACAACAAGAUGAGCAAGGUCAAGGCUGAGAGAUCCUGGACUCGCUUCGAGACCCUAAGUGUCAUGGUUGAGGUACCCAGUUGA